AUGGUCCAGAACAAACGCCAAAAGAAGACAAAAAAUGAGCCAAAGAAGGAUCGACGAAGAGUUCGCGAAACCAAAAACAAAAACGGGACAAGCGACGAAAACCCUGUGCCAAAGCAACCUAGGAGAAAGUCAUCGGUGGUAACUACUGGCGGAGGCAAUGUGGAAAAAAGGGAGCUCAGGAAAAGAAAACCGAGUUCACAUUCUUCGUGUAAGUUCUGCACUCAACAUGCAUUGGAAGACUUGCAUGCGAGGCAAAAGAAAAAAAGAAGAAAUUAUGAGAAGCGCGGUUCUCGGGGAAAAAGAAGCAGAAAAGGACAAAGCGAGGGAAGAUUAUCCCCAGUUCCACCGAAGAGAAGAAGGACAGCACGUGUGACUGUGAAUGAGAGUAAUCAAGAAUGUAUAAAUCCAGAAAGGGAAAAUAUAUUAGUACAUGCAAAUGAAAAUGAUGAAGAACCGGAUUCAGAGUCUAGUGAUAUUAUGUACCUAGGGAGCCAGAGAAGAAGAACUCCUUCCGAUCUUGACGACGAAGAUAGCGAAGAAUCGGGGUCAGAAUCCAGUGAUAUUGUAUACCUAGGGAGCCAGAUAAGGAGAUCUCCUCCCGACGUUGACGACGAAGAUAGCGAAGAAUCGGAGUCUGAGUCCAGUGAUAUUGUAUACCUAGGGAGUCAGAUAAGAAGAUCUCCUUCCGACGCUGACGAAGAAGAUAGCGAAGAAACGGGGUCAGAGUCCAGUGAUGUAGUAUUUCUUGGAAGCUACGAAGUGCAGAGUUCUUCCGAACCUUCACACGAAAACAGUGUUGAUUCGGAGUCAGCACCUGUAGAUCCGGACAGUCGUGAGCAAAUCUCUCCAAUAAAUGUGGUUUCUGAUGAUGACGGUGCAGAGACGGACCAAAUGUCCAGCGAACCUGUAGAACCAUCUGCAGAACCGAACGAAAUUUCUUCAAUUUCUGCUCUUUCUGAUGAAAACAACAAUGAAACGGUCCCGAAGCCCACUGAACCUGUAGAACAGAACAGAAACGAAAACAAUUCUUCAAUCUGUGCAUUUCCUAACAAAGACACUGCAGAAUCAGACUCGAAGUCCAAGAAACCUGUGGAAACGGAAUCAAAUGAAAAAAUCAUCAGAAUUAUUGUGGAUUCUGAUGAAGAAGAUGAAGCAGAAACUUAUCCAAAGUCCAGUGAAGUUGUAGGAGCGGAAAUAAAUGAAAAAAUUGCACUCUCUGAUGGAAACAAUGAAAAAACGGACCCGAAGUCCAAGGAACCUGUAAGAGCGGAAUCAAAUGAAAAAAUCAUUAGAAUUAUUGUGGAUUCCGAUGAAGAAGAUGAAGAAGAAACUUAUCCAAAGUCCAGUGAAGUUGUAGGAGCGGAAAUAAAUGAAAAAAUUGCACUCUCUGAUGGAAACAAUGAAAAAACGGACCCGAAGUCCAAGGAACCUGUAAGAGCGGAAUCAAAUGAAAAAAUCAUUAGAAUUAUUGUGGAUUCCGAUGAAGAAGAUGAAGAAGAAACUUAUCCAAAGUCCAGUGAAGUUGUAGGAGCGGAAAUAAAUGAAAAAAUUGCACUCUCUGAUGGAAACAAUGAGAAAACGGGCCCGAAGUUCAAGGAACUUGUAGAAUCGGACAAAAACAAACAAAUUUCUUCAAUUACUUUGCUUUCUGACGAAACCGCUUUGGAAUCGGAUCCGAAGUCCAGCGGCCAACUCUCCUCAACUACUGUGUGUUCUGGGGAAAGCAAUAGGGAAGUGGAAUCAGACUCUAACACUCUCGUAGGGCCUAGCUCGCGUGAACAAUAUGUUCCACCUUUGCUUUCGGACGAUGAUAUCGUCGUACCGGAAGACCCGUCUUUGAAUGUCCUUUGGCUAGCUGAUCAACCGCAAAAUACAAUUUCUGAAAUGACGUUCGCCGAAUUGAACGCAAAUUUCAAUGGAAUUAAUUCCUCAUACAUUUUCGGACCGGAGCCAAGGUUUCUGGUUCCUGGCAGAAAUAGUGGAGAAUUUGAUCCUGGUUUCGCGUAUUCUAAUUGGCCGGUCUUUAACGAACAGAGUACUUCAUCAUAUGUGUAUCCUUAUGAGAACCCUCUGCAAUUGGAUCUCAACCCUGUCGUUGAUGCGGCUAGGAAGAACAACGAUGAAGAAGCUCCAAAUAAUGCGUGA